CCAGCCGGUGGGGCGCUAGUGGCCGCCGGGGCCGGCAGGGGGCGCGCUGCCGCGGCGGGCGGGCGGCGCGUCUAGGCCCGAGCGGUCCCUGGGGUGCGCUCGGUGCCCACAAAGCGCCAGCUGAGGGGCCGCUGCGGGCUGAGCGCGGCUGAGCCUGCCCGCCACCCGAGCUCCACCGGCCGGCCGUCCCGCGCCUCUGCCGCGUCCCCGCGCCCCGAGCAGCCGGGCCCGACGGCAGUGCGAGAGCCGGGUCGGGAAGGAAGGGCCGGGCGGGUGCCGCCUACGGAGAGGCCGGGGGUCGGCCUGCGUGGGGCAGCGCGGAGGCGGCGGCAGCGGCGGCGACUCCGGCCCCGGCCGGACAGCGCAGGACCAUGGCCGAGGCAGCCCCGGCUCCGACUCCUGAAUGGGACUCCGAAUGCCUUACAUCCCUGCAGGCGCUUCCUCUUCCCACACCCCCAGCAGCAAAUGAAGCACACCUGCAGACUGCGGCCAUCUCCUUGUGGACAGUAGUGGCGGCCGUGCAGGCUAUCGAGAGAAAGGUGGAGGUCCAUAGCCGGCGACUCCUGCACCUGGAAGGACGGACAGGGACAGCCGAAAAGAAGCUGGCCAGCUGCGAAAAGACAGUGGCUGAUCUCGGGAACCAGCUGGAGGGCAAGUGGGCGGUGCUGGGGACCCUGCUGCAGGAGUACGGGCUGCUGCAGAGGCGGCUGGAGAACUUGGAGAACCUGCUGAGGAACAGGAACUUCUGGAUCCUGCGGCUGCCCCCCGGUAUUAAAGGAGAUAUCCCAAAGGUGCCUGUGACAUUUGAUGACAUCUCCAUCUACUUUUCCACUCCAGAGUGGGAAAAAUUAGAAGAAUGGCAAAAGGAACUUUACAAGAAUAUCAUGAAGGGCAACUACGAGUCGCUCAUUUCCAUGGAUUAUGCCAUGAAUCAACCUGAUGUCUUAUCUCAGAUUCAGCCAGAAGGGGACCAUAAUACAGAGGACCAGGCAGGGCCAGAGGAAAGCGAGAUUCCCACAGACCCCACUGAAGAGCCUGGCAUUUCAACAUCGGAUAUUCUGUCUUGGAUUAAACAAGAGGAAGAGACCCAGGUCGGCACCCCACAGGAGCCCAAGGAGAGUGACAUGUGCAAAAGCACCUAUGCCGACGAAGAGCUUGUCAUCAAAGCUGAAGGCCUCGCCAGAGCCUCCCUGUGCCCCGAGGUGCCCGUCACCUUCUCUUCUCCACCAGCAGCAGCUAAGGAUACGUUUCCGGACGUGGCCUUCAAAAGCCCGCAGUCUGCGCCCAUGGCGCCGUUUGGACGUCCAGCCACCGAGCUGGCCGAAGCUUCUGAGGGACAAGUGACUUUCACUCAGCUGGGCAGCUACCCCCUCCCGCCUCCGGCCGGGGAGCAGGUGUUCUCGUGCCACCACUGUGGCAAGAGCCUCAGCCAAGACAUGCUGCUGACCCACCAAUGCGGCCCCGCGGGGGAGCGCCCGGCCCCCUGUGCCCAGUGCCCCAGGCACUUUACCCCGCACGCCGACCGGGGCCCCCAGCCGCCCGCCAGCGAGACACCACCCACCUGCCCGCACUGCGCCAGAACUUUCACUCACCCGUCCAGACUCACCUACCACCUUCGGGUCCACAACAGCACCGAGCGCCCCUUCCCCUGCCCCGACUGCCCCAAGCGCUUCGCCGACCAGGCGCGCCUGGCCAGCCACCGGCGAGCCCACGCCAGCGAGCGGCCCUUCCGGUGCGCGCAGUGCGGCCGGAGCUUCAGCCUGAAGAUCAGCCUGCUGCUCCACCAGCGGGGCCAUGCGCAGGAGCGGCCCUUCUCCUGCCCUCAGUGUGGCAUCGACUUCAACGGCCACUCGGCCCUGAUCCGCCACCAGAUGAUCCACACGGGCGAGCGGCCGUACCCCUGCCCUGACUGCAGCAAGAGCUUCAUGCGCAAGGAGCACCUGCUCAACCACCGGCGGCUGCACACGGGCGAGCGGCCCUUCAGCUGCGCUCACUGCGGCAAGAGCUUCAUCCGCAAGCACCACCUCAUGAAGCACCAGCGCAUCCACACGGGCGAGCGGCCCUACCCCUGCGCCGAGUGCGGCAGGAGCUUCCGCUACAAGCAGACGCUCAAGGACCACCUGCGCUCGGGCCACGGUGGCGGCUGUGGUGGGCAUAGUGACCCCUCUGGACAGCCGCCGGACCCCCCGGGCCCCCUGCUAACUGGGCUCGAAACCGCUGGCCUGGGCGUUAACACCGAAGGUCUAGAGGCCAAUCAGUGGUAUGGGGAAGGGACUGGAGGCGGGGUUUAGUAAAUCUCUCCUUUCAGGGUUAGCCGUGCUGGCAGCGGGGCAAGAGGCAAGCCCAGAAGCCCCUGCACCCCGCUAACCCGGUGGUAAUGCCUGCCUGGCACGUCAGUGAAUUUGGGGUCCUGUGCACUUGACUAGAGGCGUGCUUGAGUUUCGGAACUUCACAAGAGCCGCACAUUGUGAAACCCAGGAAGACCUGGAAGAGAGCCCAGCUUCCCCAUCUUUUCAAAAACAUUACCUAAGCGGGAGUUAUAAGAAUGUUGCAGAGAGGUUGGAAAGCAAGAUUCGGCCUCUGGUGAUCCAUCAGUACGUCGAGGCAGGUGCGUGGAAGAGCCUCCAAGGCUUGAAGCCCAUUCUGCGGCAGAGAAUGUUUAACUGAGCCUUUCAUCACCUCCUUGAUGGUAGGACGGUUCUGGAAGAAAGUGCCCAAGCCUGGGCACCACUCCUGUUCCUCCCAGACAGUGGCUCCAGUUGGCUCACGUGCUUGGGUACUGUCUCUCCCGAAAUGAUGACUCAAGACUGCCUUCCUAGGUCUCCUAGAUGAAUUCUUCUAAUAUAUUUUGUUUAAUACUGGAUGAGCAAAAAAUUUGACUUUAAAACCUUAAGGAGAACAGUCCUUUCACCAGCUUAAUUUGAAGCAUUCAGGCUUUUACUGCCAUUUAAACUGCUAGAAACUUUUGCCGGGGUCCUGGUUAAAAAUUUGGGGGCAGCAUUCUCAGCCCCAGCUUUAAAAGCUAGAGAUCCCCGAGAAGUGACAGAAGAGCCUAGAGUUUGUGCCUGAACCAUGUUUCUUAGAGUCACUUAUGUCGUAUUCUUCCUUAUUGUUUGCAAGCAAGCAAGCUGGCUUUUCCAUUCCCAGUGUCUGAUAUUCUGACAGUCAUCAGCAGGAAAGGUCACAGCGCUUUCCAGAAGCAUUACAGAGUUUUGGAAAGUGCCAGUGGACUGUCACCUUUCACUUCCGCAGUAGUGAGAUGAUAGUUGCAAUGCCGCCUUCUUGAGCCAGCAGAGUGUCUGUUCACCACCCACCCCCACCCCCACCCCCCGGCGAAGGGGAGAAUGAGGGACUUUGUAGGCCCCUGAGAGCUAAGCACCAGGCGUGGAUGAGGACAGCCUCUUCCUGCUGGCUUUGCUUCUGGGGACCUUGGCUACCGUGUGUUCUCUUGUCAGGGUCAGUCAGUCACCUGGGAGCAUCUGAGCCUGGUCCCAUUCCCAAGUGGCUUUGCAGUUGGGCCCCUUUCCCUUUACAGAUCUCAGAUUGUCAUCUGCAAAAUGAGGCUGGUGAAAGGAAAAAAAGUGAACCUUUAGAAUUUAAAAAAAAAAAAUUUUGUACAUUCCUUCUCCUGCCAAAAUCCUAUCUCUAUCUCUGGCUUUUAUC